AUGAGCCUCUCCCGUCCGUUUAUCCCACGUCUCACUUCAGCUAUAUCCUACUCAACAUCCGCGCAGCCGAUCUGGCCUAAUCCACAUGAAGCGGUACCUUUCAUCACUCAAGCUCCGAGGCUCUCUAUCGUUCAAGGUCCCACUACUCCUCCACUCUGGAACAGAACGCUUGGAAGUCUGGUCAAAGAGCAAGCUAAGAGACGUGGUAAAAGGACUGCGCUUACUGUACCAUGGCAAAACACUAGACUCACAUAUGAGGAGCUCGAGUAUCGCAGCUCUGUUGCCGCAAAAGCCCUCCUUCACGCAGGCUUGAGGCGCGGCGAUGCUGUUGGGAUAUUCGCUGGCAAUCGCUUUGAGUAUAUUGAGUUGUUUCUGGCAUCUGCCAGAAUUGGGUGUCCCUUCGUGGUAUUCAACACGACAAACUCACCUCAUGAGCUAUGCUCAGCUGUGGCUCGUAGCGACUGUAAAGCGCUGUUCAUUGCAUCGUCUAUUGGAUCUAUCAACACGGAUGAUCAUGUGUAUCAGGUUGCCACGAGAGCAGAAGUUGGAGCCUCUCUGGAGCAGCUUAUUAUGUUUGACAGAUCUGCUUCGCGGGAGCUCUUUAACUGUCAUAGAUACGAGGACUUCCUGAAUGACGGAAUUAACGGAUCUAUAACAGACGGGCAACUUCAGCAAGCUGAGACGCGUGUUCAACCCUCGGAUGUAUUGAACAUGCAAUUUACUUCUGGUACUACUGGCCUUCCGAAAAUCUCUAUGCUCACACACAACAACUUGCUCAAUGAUGGCAGAUACGUGGGACAUGCCAUGAGACUCACCCAAGAAGACGUCGUAUGCUGUCCGCCCCCACUAUUUCACUGUUUCGGCCUGGUCAUGGGAUUUCUCGCAUCCUUCACUCAUGGUAGCACUAUCGUCUUUCCUUCCGACAAAUUCCACGCAAGGCAAACUCUCGAUGCAGUUGAGGCAGAAAAGGCUACUGCACUACUCGGUGUCCCCACAAUGUUCAUAUCGGAGCUGGCACAGAUGGAAUCACAGCCUCGGAGAAUCACAACAGUGCGUACUGGUCUCGUUGCUGGCUCGCCUGUGUCGCCUAGCCUGAUGGAUGAAUUGAGAGCCAAGAUGAAUGUCCAGGGUAUGCUUAUCGCGUAUGGAAUGACGGAGACGAGUCCUGUGACCUUUAUCACUUCCCUAGACGACCCAGAUGACAGGAUGCUGACUAGUCUUGGUCGUGUUCUUCCCCAUACCGCAGCCAAGAUAGUCGACACCAAUGGAAACGUGGUUCCUAUCGGGGAACGCGGGGAGAUCUGUACGAGUGGGUUUGCCUUGCAAAAAGGAUACUACAAAGACGAGAUCAAGACAUUGGAAGCAAUGAGACGGGAUGAGAAUGGCGUGUUGUGGAUGCAUACUGGUGACGAGGGAUACUUGGACGAACAAGGUUACGGUUUCAUCACUGGCCGUAUCAAAGACCUGAUUAUCCGCGGCGGUGAGAAUUUGUCGCCCAGCGAGAUUGAGAACCAACUGCUACGUCAUCCCGCAGUCAGAGAAGCAUGCGUGGUGGCAGUCAAGGAUAAGAUACAUGGCGAGGUUGUGGCAGCCUUCUUACAAGCGUGCUCACUAGACAAAAGACCAUCAGAUGGAGAUAUUAGGGAUUGGGUUUUGCAGGAUCUGAGCCCAGUCAAAGUUCCGGCUUUUAUCUUCUGGCUUGGUCAAGAUGGCGUGGAUGCUGAGUUGCCCAAGACGGGAAGUGGAAAGUAUCAGAAGCAUAUCAUUCGCGAUAUUGCAGACCGGCUAGCAAGGAAGUCAAGCACGACAUAA